UCUGUUCUGUUUCCCUCUAAGUCAAAGACUUCUCAUAGGACUUUGCACGGUCCUCCUUUGUAAAACUGCAUGUGGAGCAAUUUCUUUCUCUGAGCCUGAGCCUAGGCUGGCUUCUCAGGAGGAGGUGUGAGAACCCUCUGCUUCCAUGCUCGUGCAGGGAGCAACUCCAAGAUCCUUUUGCAGAAGGAUAAGUUUCAUUCCAAAAAGCUCAAGAUGUCCAGUAGGCAGUAGGAGUGAUGACUGGAAUUGCAAGGAUGUCUUGCAGGAAAUGACAUCCCUGGCACUCAGUAAGGUAUAAGGACUGCGGCACAGAAAAAGAAACAUUAAUUUUUUGAAGCUCGCAUAGUAAAUUGGUGACAAACCUAGAAGAACAAUUGCAGGUUACGUAGUUGCCUCAAAUACAUACUGUUGACUGGAACAGACUACUCUUCAUCUUUCUGAACUAUGCCAAGAAAAAGAAAGCUGUUGGCUCAAUUAAGUGCUCUCCAAAGCAACUCCGGCUUCCCUCCGUUUGAUGCUUUGGAGAACCUGAAUGCUACGCCUGAUGGGGAUUCUUCUCCAAAAAGCAGCAAAUAUUUUGCGAUAGAGAAAAAAAAUUCUUCCCAGCUAGAAGCAGAUUUUUUCAACCAGCCCUGUAUUAGUCUGGCCAAGUCCUUUCUGGGACAGAUUUUAGUUCGCAAACUUCCUGAUGGCAGAGAGCUCUGGGGGAGGAUUGUUGAAACAGAAGCUUAUCUGGGUGGGGAAGAUGAAGCUUCCCACUCAAAAGGUGGGAAGCAAACUCAACGAAACGCGGCAAUGUUCAUGAAACCAGGAACUCUGUACGUGUAUCAGAUCUACGGGAUUUAUUUCUGCGUGAAUGUUUCCAGCCAAGGGGAAGGGGCUGCAGUAUUACUUCGCUCUUUGGAACCUCUUCGGGGUUUAGAUGUGAUGAGAGAGCUGCGCAGUGCUUCAAGGAAAGGACCCACAAAGCUGCUGAAGGACUGGCAGCUGUGUAAUGGGCCCUCCAAGCUCUGCCAAGCAUUUGGGAUUGAUAAGGCUUUUGACCAAAGGGACCUGACUCAAGAUGCAGCCAUCUGGAUGGUACCUGGACAUGACCUACCAGGGGAGCAGGACGUGGUAGCCACAACAAGGAUUGGAAUUGGCAGCAGGGGAGAGUGGGCACAGAAACCUCUCAGGUUUUAUUUACGAGGAAACAGAUUUGUGAGUGUUGUAGACAAGAAAAGGGAGAGAGAGAUGGCAGCAAUGGGACACUUCUCUUGCAGCUGACAAGUCUUGCAAGUGUGCCACCGACCAGGACUUGAGCUGUGCUCAGAAUAGCCUCAAGCUAUGUCAUGGCAGCAGCUAGGGCAGACAGUGGCUCGGAGGUUUUUAACAAUAAAUGUACUUUAUCACAAUGAACGGGGCAAGGUGGAAUUUUAUUUGUG